GUCCACAAAUACAAAAAAAUAGAAUGGCAACAUACAAUGGAAAGGUUGCUCUUAUAACUGGAGCCAAUGCUGGCAUUGGAAAGGUUACUGCUUUAGAAUUGGCUAAGAAAGGCAUGCGAAUUAUCAUGGCUUGUCGAAAUUUGGAAACAGCUAAAACAGCGCAAGAGUCUAUUAUAAAAGAAAGUUGUAAUGAAAAUGUUGAGGUGAAAAGGUUGGAUUUGGGCUCACUGGCAUCGGUCAACGAAUUUGCCGACGAAAUUGUCAGCAGUGUAGAGAAAAUAGACUACCUUAUCAACAAUGCAGGUGUAAUGUCCUUGCCUUUUACGCUGACAGUCGACGGGUUCGAAAGUCACAUAGGAAUCAAUCAUUUUGGUCACUUCCUGUUAACCCUUCGGCUGCUGGAUUUAGUGAAGAAAGCAGAUUGUGCCCGUAUAGUUAAUGUAAGCUCUAUGGCUGGUAAGGCUGGCAAGUUGAGAUUUGACGAUAUUCAUUUUUCAAAGGGAUCAUAUUGGUCUUACUCUGCGUAUGCACAAAGUAAGUUGGCCAACAUGUUAUUCACUGUUGAGCUUGCCCGAAGAUUAGCCGAAACCAAUGUGACAGCCUAUGCCGUCCACCCAGGAGUGGUUGAUACACCUCUUUAUCGUAACCAAUGGAGCAUCUCAAAGGUAGUGAUGUGGCCAAUUAAAAAACUUUUUAUGAAGACACCGGAACAAGGUGCGGAAACCACACUGUAUUGCGUUUUAGAAGAAGGAAUCGAAAAACUAAGUGGGAAGUAUUUUGCUGACAGCAAGUUGAGCAGCGUGCCAGCUAAAUGCGAAAAUAAAGACCACGCGUUGAGACUAUGGAACCUAAGCAUGAAGACUGUUGGGUUAUCUGAAGGUGGCGAAGAGUAAACUUUUACAUGCUUAUUUUUUUACAAUUUGUUGCAAUAUGCAUUAUUUCUUUGUAAUUUCUUUCUCGUCGAUUUUCUCAACCAUUUUUUUACAGAAUUAAUCUAUAUCUAUUAGUGUACUUUUUACCACUUCGUGAAAAUCUACAUUGGUUGGUUGUAUAUGUUGGAGUUGACUAAGAAAACUUAGGAGUUUCC